UAGUCUCCGCCACCACCAUACCCGACGCCUCUGCGCCAACACCGUCGCCUGCCAUGGUCGGUCCCAAGAAGACACCUCUUGCAUCCCUUGUCGAGGGUCUGCAGGAUUCUACAGAGUAUGGCGUCGGCGAUCUCUCGACCAUAGAUCAAAGUGUCGCAGAAAUCAAAGCCGUACUUGAUCAGGCAAACGGCGGUCUGCCCAGCCUCUCUCGCGACCCGUCACUGCUUCUGAGGAUGGAGGAGCGCCCGCACGGGAAUAUCUGGGAAGCAAUCUUUGAUCUGGGCACCAUCCGACGUCUUGUGAACCUUGCAAACGAGAUCGUGGACCUCAGGGACGCCACCGUGCAGUUCAUGCAUCGAAUCUGGCGAUUGCUCAUGCCAUGGCUGACUUACCUGCACCCCGGCAACGGAUUCCUGCCGCUCAUCGAUCCUGGAUACUCCAGGCAAUCCAUCGCAUACAUGGAAACAAUGAUUGAGCUAUAUUCUGCGAUAUUCCGCAUCUCGACGGACACGAUAACCCCCCAGCUCGUCGAUCUCUUCAGGCAGACUCCGCACAUCUACAGGAUGCUGGUCGAGACCUGGCUCAAUUUUCCGACGUAUCUGCUCACGGACAAGGGCAGGUAUGAGGGAACUCGAUAUCUCACCAACCUUGGCUACCUUGUAGAUGCCAUGGGGGCCGCGCUGGAUUCUCAGCCCGGCCUUGUCGAAGGCGAACUCAUUAGCGAAGUCCUCAGGGUGCAGAUUCUAGCGGCGGUGAAGUCUCGCACGCUCCGUCUCUACGAAGGCGCUAUUCACGUCCUGCGAGUCGGCCUGGACCAGUACAUUCCUCGGCCCCCGCCGGACUUGGUGGAGAAAUACGGUGACAAAAUGAAAUGGUACAGGCCCGGCGGUAGGGUGGACGCUCCCCACCCGCUUGCCGAGUACGCCAUUCAGCGCCAACUACACAUCUUGCUCUUCCUCGUCGACAAAAUCCCUUUGCGCCACUACCCGCGCGAUCUAAUACGCUCCAUCGUACAGCAGGCUUCUCGGAUGCACACGGACGAGCAGCGAGUCGCGAUCUGCAAUUUCCUCGGAUGGAUCUGGUUCUUGGACGAGGACUGUCGCUCGAUGACUUGGUCUAUCCGCGAUGGCAUCCUACCUUUGAUCGUUACGAACAACGUCAAUGAGGAGCUGAGCUACGCGCUGAACAUGCUGGCGAUGAAGUCCGUUCACAUGCCCGUCACUCGCGCCCUCGCCGCCAUCGGAGGCCCGCCCAGCUUCAGCAGGAAGAACUUGCCUGACGAGGCGGCGGUCGCCGCUCUGGACGUAGAGCUCAAGAAGCGAAUUGAUAUCAUGCGCAGUCUGCACUCUCGCGUAUGCUCUAAUCCACAGUGCGCUUCCUCGGGUGAGCGAGCACGGGCGACGCGCCGCUGCGUAUGCUUUGAGGCAUUCUACUGCUCCUCGGAGUGUCAACGUGCGCGCAGAAAGACGCACAAAGAUCAUUGUAUCGACAGGGCGCAUCACAAGCUUGAUCCGGAAACGCCUUUCGAACGCCCUAUCGACGCGUACUUUGUGAGCAAGCUCACCAUGGACUACGUCGAGCGGUUCCAUGACACGAUCGUCGCCGACAUCAAACAAGCCAUGUCUGAUACCCCGGGGUCGCUUACGUGCAUCGUCACGGUCGACUUUACGAUGAUACCUACGCCCGAACAUACAGCUCAAGCUGCAUUCUCGGAUACGCCAGAGCUACUCCGCUAUGCGAGGAAGGCAGACGACGUGCUUGUGAAGGUUUGCCUGAAGAUAUUUGGUGGUGAAGCCACCGGUGCAGCAGUGGUUCUUCGCCUUUCCCUGUCAGACCUGUCUGUCCGUGCAUAUUAGACGGAGGCUUGAUCAAGGACUCUUUUACAACUGUAUAAGACAAUGUUAAUGAUACAUACAGCUCAGGGGGUUAUCAUCAUUAGACAACUUACACAGCGGCUGCAUGCCCUUUGUAUAUCCCGCAGGAAUUCAUUUUUCUUGAGAGAA